AUGUAUGUACAGUUCCUGCGUGCAGGAUGGAUCAUCAACGUGCUUCUUAUUUGUUCACAGGAGCAGUACGCUGCCGUCAAAGAGAAAUAUGCUGAACUUUUUGAGAGCUCCGAGCGACGGCGCAACCACCUGGCUUCUUUAUACGAGUACAUGCAAAGCUGCAGCAAGGAGCUGAUCUACCUGUCGAACCAGCAGAGUAGGAUCCUCCAGAGAGACUGGAGUGAUCACAUGGUUGACCCGCCGAGCGUCCGCAUGGAGUAUGAGAAAUUCAAAGCUAACGGACUGUUAGCACACGAGCAAGAAGUCAACCAGCUGCAGGAGGAAGGAGAUAACCUCAUUAAGAUGAAACACCCCGGCAGCCCAACCAUAAAAGCACACAGAGAUACGGUACAAGCUGAAUGGCAAGCCUUUCUCAACCUGUGUCUGGCACAGGAAGUACACCUGGACAAUAUUGACAACUACAAAAAGUUCCAAUUGGAUGCAGAAAGGUUGUCAGAAUCUCUGGAGAGACUCAGCUCGACUCUGGACUCAAAGUCCAUGGAGAACAAGACCAACCCCGAGAUCCUGUUGGCACUCGAGGUAAGACACAGUUUUUUAAAAAUAUGUU